AUGAGACAAAAAGAUGAUCAAUCGUUUAUUCAACUUCUUAAUCGUGUCAGAACAGCCACACAGACUGAAGAUGACAUUAACAUUAUCCAAUCAAGAUGUAUUACCCCAGAUGAUCCUAAUUAUCCCUCAGAUGCACUUCAUAUCUGGGCUGAAAAUGCACCAGUUGAUGGUCAUAAUAGAAACAAACUUGAAGAACUCCCUGGAUUAUUGUAUAUUCUUAGAGCUAAAGAUCAAUAUCCACCUAAUGUAAGAAAACAAGAUAUUGAUAGAGUGUUAGCCAGAGGACGAUCUGAGACAGGUGGACUUGAUUAUGAGAUUCACAUUAAAGAAGGUGCCAGAGUGAUGUUAACCACAAAUAUUUGUAUUGCUGACAGACUUAUUAAUGGACAAAUGGGUACUGUUGUGAGCGUGCAAGGCAACCAGACUACUAAUAAUCCAACAGUCCUUUAUAUAAAGUUUGAUGAUCCAAAUGCUGGUAAAGACUUAAUUAUCACCAAAGGCAACCAUUUUGCAAAGGAGAACCAUGUUGUGCCUAUUGAACCAGUUCUAGCAAAGAUCAAAAUAAGACCAGGUAAAGCUUCCUCCCCAGAAAUACAAAGAGUGCAAUUUCCUGUGACACUUGCUUGGGCAUGUACUGUACACAAAGUACAAGGUUUAACACUUGAAAAAGUUGUACUUAGCACUGAAUUAGUAAAACAAAGAUCAUUUAACUAUGGUCAAAUUUAUGUUGCUUUGAGUCGUGCUACAUCAUUAAAUGGUUUAUUCAUCUUGGGACAAGUAGAAAGUAAACAUAUUAAAACAAAUCCUAAAGUUCUGUCAGAAUAUGAAAGACUUCAAACUGACUGCCCGAUUUCAGUCGAAAAUACUGUCUAUGACCAUUCCAAUGUUCUCACCAUAUCACUUUUGAAUACUUAUAUUAAUAACACAACUACUGUACAUACUGGAGUAUUCGUGGUAAAUUUGGCAAUGAUGAAUUGUACUGGAGAUCAUUAG